AUACAAAGAGGAGCCCCAAAAAGUCUUCAAAACCCUAACUUCUCUGGAAAACUCGAAAUAUCGCGAGAAAUAUUUAGAUCUGCUACUUCCGAGCAUCUCUCUCAUUUCUUACAUGUAAACACAGAGGGCAGCAAGUUACCCCAUCAUCAUGGUUCGAGAAAAAGACAUUUGUUGGGAAUAUGCUGACAGGUUGGAAGGAAACAAGGUGAGAUGCAAAUUCUGUGAGAGAAUUCUGAAUGGUGGCAUUAGUAGAUUAAAACAUCAUUUGUCUAGGCUUCCGAGUAAAGGAGUAAAUCCAUGCACCAAAGUGAGGGAUGAUGUAACUGAUCGGGUAAGGGUAAUUUUAGCAACGAAGGAGGAGGGAAAGGAAACUCCUAUUGUUAAAAAGCAAAAGGUAGCAGAAGUUAAAUCUCCUGUGACAUUAAGUAUCUCUCCAGCGAAGACGACCAUGGCUGUGGAAGCUGUGCCUGUAAUGGGAAAUAUCUUUCCAUCCAUCACAUCAUUGAGCUCUUCCUCAGGAAAUGAUCGAGAGAAUGCAGAGAGAAGUAUUGCUCUUUUCUUUUUUGAAAAUAAAUUGGACUUCAGUGUAGCCCGUUCUUUAUCUUAUCAGCAAAUGAUUGAUGCUGUUCGAAAGUGUGGCGGUGGUUUUGUAGGACCAUCUGCUGAAACUUUGAAAACUACGUGGUUAGGGAGGAUCAAAUCUGAAAUGAGUUUACAGUCAAAAGACAUUGAGAAAGAGUGGGCUAUGACCGGCUGCACUAUCAUUGCAGAAACAUGGACAGACAACAAAUCAAGAGCUCUGAUCAAUUUCUUAGUUUCAUCACCCUCAAGAACCUUCUUCCACAAAUCAGUUGAUGCAUCUUCUUAUUAUAAAAAUAAUAAAUACCUUUCGGAUUUAUUUGACUCUGUCAUUCAAGAUUUUGGGUCUGGAAACAUUGUGCAGGUAAUUGUGGAUACUACUCUAAACUGCUCUGGCAUAGUGAACCAUAUCGUGCAGAAUUACGGAACUAUUUUUGUGACCCCUUGUGUCUCACAAUGUGUGAAUGGGAUCUUGGAGGAGUUCAGUAAAGUAGAUUGGAUUAGCAGGUGUAUUCUUCAAGCACAAGCCUUUUCCAAGUACAUAUACAAUAAUUCAUCAAUGCUGGAUCUGAUGAAAAAGUUCACGGGAGGACAGGAGAUCAUUAGGAGUGGUAUUACAAAGUCUGUUUCCAAUUUUCUCUCUUUGCAAUCUAUGCUUAAGCAGAAACCAAGGUUGAAACAUAUGUUCAAUAACCCAGAAUUAUCUGCAGAUUUGGCUUGUGCAAAGAAACCUCAGACUGUAACUUGUGUUGGGAUUAUUGAUGAUAAUGAAUUUUGGAGAGCAGUAGAAGAGAGUGUUGCUGUUUCUGAGCCAUUCUUGAAGGUAAUGAGAGAAGUGGCUGGUGGGAAGCCUGCAAUGGGGUUUAUUUACGAACUGAUGACCAGAGCGAAGGAGUCUAUAAGGACAUACUACAUUAUGGACGAGAUCAAAUGCAAGACAUUAUUAGACAUUGUAGAUAAGAAGUGGCAGAACAACCUCCAUUCACCUCUUCAUUCAGCAGCAGCUUUUCUGAACCCUAGUAUCCAGUAUAAUCCAGAGAUAAAAUUUCUUGGCUCCAUUAAAGAAGAUUUUUACGGAGUUCUGGAGAAACUUCUUCCAACACCCGAACUAAGACGAGAUAUAACUAACCAAAUUCUUUUGUUCACGAGGGCAAGUGGAAUGUUUGGUUGUAAUCUGGCAAAGGAGGCAAUCGAAACCGUUUCACCUGGCAUUUGGUGGGAACAAUAUGGGGAUGCGGCUCCCAUUUUGCAACAAGCUGCAAUCCGAAUACUAAGCCAGGUCUGCAGCACUUCAACCUUGGAGAGGCAGUGGAGCACGUAUCAGCAAAUUCACUCCGAGAAGCGAAACAAGAUCGAUAAAGAAACACUAAAUGACCUACUUUACAUUAAUUAUAACCUCAGGUUAUCAAAACCUUUGAAAUCAAGGUGUUCAGAAACAGAUCCUCUUCAAUUGGAUGACAUUGACAUGACAUCGGAGUGGGCAGAGGAGGCUGAGAAUCAAAGCCCGGUUCAGUGGCUUGACCGUUUUGGUUCGACCCUGGAUGGGGGAGAUCUAAAUACAAGGCAAUUUGGUUCUGCCAUUUUUGGUGCAAAUGACCAUAUAUUUGGCCUGUAAUGAAGCAACCCUGUGAGGCUGUAGUUUAAUCUGUAAAUUAGGACCAGCAGUUGUGUACAUAAGUUUGUAUCUUAUAUGACUCCCAUUGACAGUAGGAGAAGUUAGACUGACAGAACAGUUUUCUAUUAUCGAGUUCAGCCAACUGAAUAGUACCCAUUUUGGGAGUCAAUUUUUAGGAAAUGUAGAAUAGAUGUACCAUAGUCAAGACUUUGGUGUUUGUCGUCUGGAAAAUAUGCAAUCAAACAAUUAAUAGCACUGCUGGGCAUUCAUUCCAUGUA